AUGAAAACACCUACGCAAAACUGGGCAAAUCCAUUGCAGCCCAGGGGAUCUUCAACCAAAUACAAAAGUCCCGACAUAGUCUCAUGGUCCUGUCUCAUCUCUCUCUACCUUAACACUGAACGUCCAGCUAACGCUUUCUUUGUUUUCUCUGACUUAAUAAAUACCGGUUUCAGGCCAGAUGGGUUUGCAGUUGUGUGUGCUCUCUUGGCUUGUGGCUGGAAGAAUGAUCUACUCAAUGGGAGAGUAGUUCAUGGAAUGAACUAUAGAUAUGAACUGGGUUGCUCUGAACCCAUCGUGGGUAAUGCUCUGAUUGAUAUGUAUAGCCGAAAUGGAAAAAUGCAUAUGGAUCAACUGGUGUUUGGUACAAUGGAGUUCAGAGACGUGGCUACAUGGACUAGUUUGCUUAAUGGGUUCAUACUGUGUGAUGAUAUGAGAUCUGCAGGCCAACUGUUUGAGGAAAUGCCUCAGAGAAACACAAUUUCGUGGACUGCUAUGAUUGUGGGCUAUGUACGUGGAAAAACCCCAAUAUGGGCAUUGGAACUAUUUCAGAAAAUGAGAGUUGGAGGUGAAGAUCAUCCUACUUCAAUUACCAUUGUUUCUGUCCUUGCAGGUUGUGCUGAUUUAGGAGCUCUUGAUUUUGGUCAAUCAAUUCAUGGCUAUGUUUACAAAUUUGCUGGUCUUGUUUGUGAUAUUGCAGUCAAUAAUGGUCUGAUUGAUCUGUAUUCAAAAAGCGGCAGCCUUGGCUUGGCUACAAAGAUUUUUAGGGGAAUGUUGGAUAAGGAUUUGCUAACAUGGACCCCCAUUAUAUCCGGAUUAGCGCUUCAUGGAUUGGUCAGUGAAGGGCAGAGGUUGUUCAACAGAAUGCUUGAUUGUCAUGAUUUUAAACCAAUGAUUGAGCACUAUGGGUGUAUGGUGGACCUUCUUGGCCGAGCAGGGUAUUUGGAGGAAGCGUUAGAGUUAAUUCAAUGGUUGCCCAUCAACCCAGAUGCUGUGAUCUGGAGAUCCCUUUUGAGUCCUUGCUUUGGAAGAGGGAAUUUGGAAAUAGCUGAAACGGCGGGAAAGAAGGUUCUCGAAUUAGAACCUGAUGAUGAUGGGGUAUAUAUACUUAUACAGAAUACUUAUUGUUUGGCCAAUAAGUGGGAACACGUAUUAAAGACAAGAAAGAGGAUGAGAGAUCAAAAGAUUAAAAAGAAGCGAGGGUGUAGUAUAUGA